AUGAGCUUCGUUUCAAGGAUCCUCGCCGCUGCACGCCCCUCCCUCACAGCAUCCGCAAGAGCAUAUACCACAGCCGCCUCAGAGGCACCAAAAGCAUCCACAGAAGGAUACUACAAGGUCACCCAGACCCGCUCCUUGAUCGGUGUCCCCAAAUCAACCAUCAAAGUUCUCAAGUCGCUCGGUCUUGGAAGGAAGAUCGGUCGCCCAGUAUUCCAGCCCCAUGAGCCCAGCGCAGCAGGAAAGAUCUUGAAGGUCAAGGAGUUGGUUAAGGUCGAGAACAUGGCAGGACCCAUCCCUCCAGAGGGUUUCCAGCGCACCCGUGCCACCAAGGGAUACAAGGUCGUCGGCAAGAUGUUGUAA